AACGUUAGAAAGAGGUAUGUUUCCUUGUACAUUUCAAAAGGAUUAAGCUUUUAGUUAGGGACCAGGAAAGAUAAUGUACAAAUGCCCCAGUCAUGCUCAGUGCACAUGCUUUAUGGAUCAAUGCAAUCUCUUUACUUUACUGCACAUUUAAAAACUUUUUAUGUUAUUUUAAAGAGAUGUACACCGUGGGAAUACGCGUUUCAUUUUUUUUUUAAAGUUAUUUGUGUUUGAAAAGUGGAUUACAGUCCUGUUGUGUAUAUUGUUUGUACAUGGAUUAAGUUAUUAACUGCAUGAAAUUUAGUUAGAAAACAGUGGAUUUGGAUCCGUUUUGUAUGUAAUCCGGAAACGGAGGAGGAUAUGUACAGAUGUUACUCGACUUCUUGUCAACUUUGAUCAUUCGUGUAUGUAGAUUGCUUGCUGAGAAUAGACCAUGCUGACAUCUCCCUAAACAUUUUUCAGGUGCAGUUCAUGUUGAGCGUUUCCUAUCUAGUGCCAGAUGACAGAAUCAUUUGAAGUCUUGGAUCUUCUACAUGUUGCUAUAGAAAAGAAUGACCUCAAAUUAGUGGUGAGCAUCCUUGCAGACAAUGGUUACCUAGUCAACAAGCCCAGAUUUAACCAUACAGCAUUGACAUUAGCUCUAGAACUCAAGACCAAUGAAAUAAUCGAAGCUGUUAUGGCAUGCCCUAAUAUAGAUGUCAACACUGUGGAUAGGUUUGGUCGAACUGGGUUAUAUUUCGCAUCCAAAACCGGACCAAUUUCAUUGGUCAGAAAACUUAUAUCACUUGGAGCACAUAUAAACCAAUCGACGCCUUCAAUACUUCAUGGAUGUGCGCACGGAGAGAGCGAUAACGAGGCUAUAGUUUUCGCUUUAGUGAAACAUGGUGUCAACGUUGAUGCUGUAGAUGAAAGAGAUAGAACACCUCUUUAUAUUGCGGUACAAAACUCGCUCGUGAACGUAACCAAAGCCCUGAUAAAAUGCAGAGCCAACGUCAACACUGCUGGAGAACUGCAAUCUCUGACUCCGUUGAUUUUGUGUGCAGGGCAAUCUUCGACUUCCAUCGACGCGAACAGUCAAGAGAGGUAUAUAAGAUCCUUAAAAGUCUUAAAUAUUCUACUAGAGAGUGGUGCAGACCUACGCCUCACCGACAGCAAGGGUUAUACGGCACUGCAUCAUGCAAUAGAGAAUAACAAUAUUUUGGGAACUUUAAAACUUAUCCAAUGGGGAGCACAGCAUAACUCAUUCACGGCAGAAACAAUUCAACAAGCCUUUGAGACGACCGUAGCAAGGAACCAUUUUGAAAUAGCUUUCUUCAUAUUAUUAUACUUUUACAAAGUCUUUUGCAGCUUUUCUUUUCAAUUUUACUGCAAGAUGAAAGAGGGUCUCAUGAACGUAGAAAAGGUCAAGUUGAAUAUAGAAUUUGGUCUGCCAGGUAUCGAAACAGAUCUAUACCUCGAGUCGCAACCAGAGAUGACAGAAUCAUUUGAAGUCUUGGAUCUUCUACAUGUUGCUAUAGAAAAGAAUGAUCUAAAAUUAGUGGUGAGUAUCCUUGCAAACAAUGGUUACCUAGUCAACAAGCUCAGAUUUAACCAUACAGCGUUGACAUUAGCUCUAGAACUCAAGACCAAUGAAAUAAUCGAGGCUGUUGUGGCAUGUCCUAAUAUAGAUGUCAACGCCGUAGUUAGAUUUGGUCGAACUGGGUUGUAUUUCGCAGCCAAAACUGGAUCAAUUUCAUUGGUCAAAAAACUAAUAUCACUGGGAGCACAUAUAAACCAAUCCACGCCUUCAAUACUUCAUGGAUGUGCGUACGGAGAGAGUGAUAACGAGGCUAUAGUUUUCGCUUUAGUGAAACAUGGUGUCAACGUUGAUGCUGUAGAUGAAAGAAAUAGAACACCGCUUUAUAUUGCGGUACAAAACUCGCUCGUGAACGUAACCAAAGCCCUGAUAAAAUGCAAAGCCAACGUCAACACUGCUGAAGAACACCGCACUCUGACUCCGUUGAUUCUGUGUGCAGGAAAAUUUCCGACUUCCAUCGAUGCUAACAGCCAACAGAUGUAUAUUAGGUCCUUAAAAGUCUUAAAUAUUCUACUAGAGAAUGGUGCAGAUCUAAGCCUCACCGACAGCAAGGGUUAUACGGCACUGCAUCAUGCAAUAGAGAAUAACAAUGUUUUGGGAACUUUAAAACUUAUCCAAUGGGGAGCACAGCAUAACUCAUUCACGGCAGAAACAAUUCAACAGGCCUUUGAGACGACCGUAGCAAGGAACCAUUUUGAAAUAGCUUUCUUCAUAUUCUUGUACUUUUACAAAUUCUUUUGCAGAUUUUCUUUUCAGUUUUACUGCAAAGCAAAGGAGGAUGUCACGAAGGUUGAAAGAGUCAAGACAAAUAAUUUUCGGUUGUUACUUGAACAAGCUUUGAGCGAAAUGCUUGCAGUUCAUUUUCCUUUCAACGACAGUCGAACUUUUGACCAAAAGUCGAUGACACUACAGAUUCUCUGUAGACAUUCCAUGUUACGAAAAUUAAACUAUUCAUUAUAUGAAAAGAAUCAGUUGGGUUUACCCACAGCCAAUCUGCUACGAAGAUACAUCUUUUUCGACACUGAUUUCUCGGAGGUAUCUCUAUCGUUACUUUCCGAUGUACAUAUAGCAACAUACACGGGCGAUAUUGCAAGCAUAAGUUUGAAGGCGAACCAACAAAUCGUCAAUAUACCAUUAAAUGACCAUACAUUACUCGAAAUUGCAAUCUCAAGGAAAAGUAUCUUCAUAACAAAUUUUCUGUUGAAACAUGGUGCUGAUCCUAACAUUGAAACGACAGAAGGACUCAAGCCUUUGCAUCUUGCAUGCUCUCUUGGAUGUUUGAACAUAACUCAAUGUUUGCUGGAGUUCGGAGCAGACGUUAACGCUUUGAACAAACACGAGAACCUUCCUAUUCAUACUGCGUGUUCUGCAGGCCAUUUUCACAUUGCGGAAUUACUGAUAGAACAUGGCUCAAUUUGUAACUCUCCUGAUAGCAAUGGUCGAUAUCCUAUUCAUUACUCGUCUGCGAGUGGCAAUUGGAAAUUUACGAAAACGCUUUUACAACAUGGGGUUGACGGAGACGUCAUGGAUGCGUUCGGAUAUACGGGUCUUCAGUUGGCUUCUAGCAGAGGAAAUCUAUAUCUCCUUGAAAAUAUCAAACUUCCAUACAUGUUCAAAAGAGACCUGUUGAUGAAAGGGGACAUGGCUUGUUUGAAAUUUUCUUCCAAUAUAAAAUGGGUUCCAAAACAAAAGUAUUCACAAGAAGUCGACCAUGACGGGAUUAUUAAAUUGUUCUUAGAAUUUGGAUGUAGUAGUGAAAUCCCAUGCUGGACCAAGACGACGCAGUCUGCUCUAGACACUACGAGGGAUUUCUACCCCAAUGGUGCUGUGCCUUUAUUAAUUCAGAAGUCAAAACUGAAUUGAGGCUUUAUAUUAUCAUAUUGUUUGUUUGACUGUAACCCGCAAAUAUUAUUCAGUUAUGGAUUUAGAAGUUGAAGAUGGUGAUUUUUGGUACCAGGUCGUUCCCGUACUAUUAAGUGUGUUUUGUUUCAUUCCUUUGUAAUAUAUUUAUAAUAUAAUCUCUACCAAUAAAAAUUGACACACUGUUACAUUUUUAAAGCAAUGUUAAGUGCUGCAAUUUUCACGUCGAAAUGUUUUAAUGAGUGAGGUAUUUAGUAAAAAAACAAAAAUGAUUAUCGUGGCCACAAUCGUCUUUAUAAGUCAUAUUUUUGUGGAGAAUAUAUUGUUGUGGAUAAUACUAUUUAAAGGUCCUGACUAAAGAAAAAUUGCCAACCUGAACAAAAGAUGGUUUGCUUUAUACUAUUACAAUACAUGUAUCGUUAGUAGAGAAUUCUUUUGGUAUUUUAUAAUCUUUUGUGGGAAACACUAUUUAGAAACCCUAACAUAAGCAGAAUUACAUUAUUGUCUUGUACACAAUUUUUGCUUAUUACUUAAUAGAAAUGUCUUUAUUUUUCGGAUAAUAUUUAAUGAUUUACGUACUUUGAUCUUAUUUCUAGACUUGCUAACGUUUCAUCUAUAAUAACCAUAGCAGGUUUGCAGCAAAAUUACCCCGGUAAAAUGUCAAAGAGAUUAUGCUUUAAAGUUGUCUCUCUUUUCGUCUUUUUUUCU